UUAAAAAAAAGAGAUUAUUUUUAAAAGAUUUAUUUAUUUUAGAGAGAUAGACAGCAUGACUGGGAGGGGCAGAAGGAAAGGGAGAGAGAAUCUCAAACAGACUCCAUGCUGAGCACAGAGCCUGAUAUAGGGAUUGAUCCCAAGACCCGAAGAUCAUGACCCAAGUGGAAACCAAGAGUCACCCAGGUGCUCCUUAAGAUUAUUGAAAAUUAGUAGCAUUAACAAGGAAUCAUGGACUGGGAAACAGGACAGGACACCUGGGUACUUGUCCCAGCUGUACCUUAAUUUGGCUGUUUUUGUUUUUAAAGGUUUUAUUUAUUUGAGAGAGAGAGAGAAAAAAAAAAAAAACAGAGGGAGGGUCAGAGGGAGAGGGAGAAUCCUGAAGUAGUCUCCCACUAAUUACAGACCCCAACUCGGGGUGGAUCCUAGAACCUGGAGAACAUGCCUGAACUGAAAUUCAUUUUUUUAAAAAGAUUUUAUUUAUUUAAUUAUGAGAGACACAGACAGAGAGGCAGAGACACAGGCAGAAUGCAGGGAACCCGACACGGGACUCGAUCCCCGUUCCCCAGGAUCAUGCUCUGGGCUGAAGGCGGCACUAAGUCACUGAGCCACCCAGGGAUCCCCUAAGCUGAAAUUCAAAAGUCAUUUAACUGACUGAGCCACCCAGAUACCUCAAUUUGGUUUUUUUUAUAUUAAUUUUUAUGUGUUUUUUUUUAAAGAUUUUAUUUAUUUAUUCAUGAGAAUACACACACAGAGAGAGAGAGAGAGAGAGGCAGAGACACAGGCAGAGGGAGAAGCAGGCUCCAUGCAGGGAGCCCGACGUGGGUCUUGAUCCCGUGUCUCCAGGAUCACGCCCUGGACUGAAGGUGGCGCUAGACCGCUGAGCCACGUGGGCUGCCCCUAUGUGUUCUUUAAAAAAAUUUUUUUUAUAAAAGAUUUUAUUUAUUUAUUCAUGAGAGACAUAGAUAGCCCUAUGUGGGACUUGAUCCCUGAACUCCAAGACCACGCCCUGAGUCAAAAGCAAAGCUCAAUUGCUGAGCCACCAGGCAUCCCUUAAUUUUUAUUUUUAAAUAAGGUCAAUGCCCAACGUGGAGCUUGGAUUCACAACCCUGAGAUCAAAAGCCGCAUGUUCCACUAACUGAACCAGCCACAUACCCAUCUACUUUAAUUUGAUGUGUGAUCUUAAGCAAGUCAUUCUCCUUCUCAGGAAUUUGAUAAAGCAGACGAAAGAGAAGUCAUACUAGAAGAUGAUGAUGCCAGGACGCCUGGGUGGCUCAGCGGUUGAGCACCUGCCUUUGGCCCAGGGCAUGAUCCUGGAGUCCCAGGAUUGAGUCCCACGUCGGGCUCCUGCAUGGAGCCUGCCUCUUUCUGCCUAUGUCUCUGCGCUCGCUCUCUCUCUCCUUGUCUCUCAUAAAUAAAUAAAAAUUUUAAAAAGUGAUGCCAUCCAGUUCUAAUUAAUGUAAGCAGAUUCUAUUUUCCACAUAAUCAUCUCUGCAAACGCAACCUGUAGGAAGCCCCUUGAGGCCUUUGUUGCUCUAGGAAAGAUCUCCGCAAGGACAGCUCCAGCUUUCCUUAGAACUCUGCAUCAAUCCAGGAAGCCUACCUUGUCUCCUCAGUCCUUGGGCAGGAAUGCAGGAAGAUGAGCAGGAAAUCUGAGAAAACCCCAGCAAGAUAGCAGAGUGCAAACAAUGUGAGCUCAGGCCUCCAAACCCUGGCUCUACUUACAGAAUAACCUUGAAAAAGUCACUUCUGUCUUCCAGCUAUGACUUCCUAUGGAAACUGUGUGAGUAAUGUGAGCAUGCUAAUGGUCACUCAAUAAAUACUAAGUCCUCUUCCUGUCUUUAUUCUCAGCACGUGCGCAUUUUACGAGAAUACCAAUUUGAAUUCUGGAUCCACACCCCAGACUUUCAGGCCUUCUUCCCUGAGAGCAGCUGCACGACUGCAUCUCAAGUGAGUUCCUGGCCCGUCGGUGUCCCGGCUGUGUGUCCUCACCGGUCAGGCUAGGGAAACGCUCCUUGCCCCAGGGUCGCGUGGUGUUAAAUAGGGGACGCCACUGUCGAGCUCGACAGAUGUAGGACAUGACAUGCAAACAGUAGGAUGAAUUCCUGCACCAACCUCGGCGGCCGUUAUCCUCUGGGCUCCCAGCCCCUGGCCCCCGCCAGUUAGCGGAGUCCUGGUUUCUCCAGCCGGGCCGACAGGUCAGUCAGCCUGGCCGAUGUUGUAUCGGCUCCCAGCACCUGCCCCCGGGCUCGCGGAUCCUCCCUGGCAGCUGCCCGACCAGUCGGCGCGCAGCCUGCCCCGACACGGCACUCCUAUUGGCUCCACGCGCUGCCCCUUAAAUCUCUUGCGUCCAAACUCAAGAGUGGAAAGAGCUCCUGGGGUGGGGGAGGAGAUGCUUGCGCGAGUCUCCAGCGAUCCGGUCGCGCGGCUUUCCGGUUUUGUUUUCCAGCCUGUGAGCCGCUUUUGACACCAGUGACGGCCGGCACUUCGUAUGCUGCGGCCACAGUCAUCGCCGUCCUUUCCCGAAGAGCCCAACCCCUCAGGAAGAUUUGCUGUCGCUAGGAGAAACGGACGUAAAGGGCGGGGCGGCCCGUGCUUUCCUGAAGUCCGGUUGGCGGACGUCCAGGCUCCCAACCCCCCACUUCGCGGUCCCGGGGUCAGGCCGGGGGCGGGGCUUGGCUGGGCAGGUCCAGGAUGCGAGAUCCUGGAGAGAAGAAAGGCUGCCCGCGGGCUGCAGAGGGGUGGGGAGGGCAGGGCAGGGCAGGGCCGAGGCGGCAGUCGGCCCCCAAGUCUGAAGCGGAGAGAAGGCCCGAGACGAGACCCCCGGUGGCAGGGCCUUCAAGAGAGUGAGCCCGAAGAUUUUCUGAAGAUUUUCAUCAACCCCAAUGAAGUGUACUGCUCACAAGCAUCUCCUGGCAGUGACAGUGGAAUCUCGGAGGACCCUGGCCAUCCUGAUGGUCCCCGUGCCCCCAAGGCACCCAGUUCCCCUGCUCUCUGUGAGGCUGUCUUUGAGGCAGGGGUUUUGCAGAGGAUGGAAGGGCCAGCUGGGCAGCUCAUCUCUGUCCAGCUAGAUCAGUGGAGCCCACCACUUCCAGUGCCUGAGGCCUGCAUGGUCUGCGAGCUGCCCCUUGAUGCUCACACUCACACCCUGCACAGAGCAGGCAGUGUGAACCCAGUGCCUCCUGCCACCCUGCUGCCUUGUCAAACCGUGUUCCUUACAGAGGAGGAGAAGCGUCUGCUGGGACAGGAAGGGGUUUCCCUGCCCACUCACCUGCCCCUCACCAAGGCAGAGGAGAGGGUCCUUAAGAAGAUCAGGAGGAAGAUCCGGAACAAGCAGUCAGCUCAGGACAGUCGGCGUCGGAAAAAGGAAUACAUCGAUGGGCUAGAGAGCAGGGUAGCUGCCUGUUCUGCACAGAACCAGGAACUACAGAAGAAAGUCCAGGAGCUGGAGAGGCACAACAUCUCCCUGGUAACUCAGCUCCGCCAGCUGCAGACGCUCAUUGCCCAAACGUCCAACAAAGCUGCUCAGACCAGCACCUGUGUUCUGAUCCUUCUUUUUUCCCUGGCUCUCAUCGUCCUGCCCAGUGUCAGCCCCUUACAGGGUCUCCGGGAAGCUGGUUCUGAGGAUCACCAGCCUCAUGGAGGUAAAGCAGGGGCAGGGCUACUUUCCCAGGGUGGUCAAGAUGUGGAAGGGAGGUCCUGUCUAGGAUUCCCCCACCAAGGAAGCACUCUACUACUGCCAUUUUUCUUUCACUUUCCAGUAAUUUCUAGAAAUAUCCUGACUCAUAAGGACAUGAUAGAAAAUUUGGAGACCACGGUGGUAGAGUCCAGAUUGGAGUGGCCACCUAGGGCCAAGGAUGUAAAUGGCUCAACAAGGACCAUGCUUGAGAAGAUGGGAGGGAAGACGGGCCCUGGUGGGCACAUCAGGACUGUCUUGCAUGCAGAUGAGAUGUGA